AUGUCGUGUUCCUGCGAUGAGUUCCCGCGUGGCACACACACACAGGCACACACACAGGCACACACACACGCCACACUUAAGUCGAAGGAAAAAGGCACGAAGUCGGACUGGAGCCUUGUAAUGAGUGAUGCCGUUACCUGGAUUACAGUCCGGUGUAGAACCAUGGGACGUGCAAUGAUAUGGAGUCUUAAAAGCUCGUCAACCAGAUGGACGCCGCUGCAUGCUGGCUACUGCUUUCAGUAUCACCCUGGCUGGCAGGCCCCUUUCGAUCAGUUUCGCAUCCGCAAGGCCAGAGCAUGCAGCAUCGCCAAUGGUUUGACCACCUGCUCCCGUAGCUUAAGAACCGAAUACCGUAUGCCAGUGCCAUGGUUCCAGUACUCCCCCAGAGAGGCAGGACGACACACACAAAUAGGCUACCCGCUGUCCCUUGUCUAUCUGAUACUGCCCCGCGAUUUUAUGCAUAAAACUGCUGGUCACAAGAAGUUGCUACGGACGUGCUUGUUGCCUUCCUUCGGUCCUAAACGGCCUCCGGUUCGGCGCUGUCGCCCUUUUGCGGUCCAGCAGAGCUUGGACCUUGUGUUCACCGGCCCUGUCCGGGAUGGAAUGCCCUUUGCCGUCCUAAGCAGCGUGACCCAUUAUAUCAGCUUGCUUCCUAGCAAGGACAACAGCUACUGUCCUCCCGUCCUACGGUACUGGUAA